UCCCGUUCCGACGUUCCGCUUUUUUGAUAUAUUCUUCAACACUCACAUUUGUACUUCUGCUAGUGCUUUUCUAUUGAGUUCGCUGUUGUUUUACAACAAUCUUUUUCAAAUCAAACAAAAAAAACUAUUUUUAAUUUCAACAUGAAAGUAAAUUUAUAUUUUAUUAUAUUCAUUUUUUCGAUAAAAAGCAUUGAUUCUCAAAAAUCGCCAAUACACAAAAAAUCAGCCAUUAAUACAAACGGACCUAGUUUUCAAUCAUGGGAUUUUUCAACGACAAUAAGACUAAAUAGUAAAAAUAAAAAUACCUUACAAACAAAAAAAAGUGACAGAAGAGAGACAAAUUUUUUCCAUAAAAGAAAAAGUCAAGAAAUGUGUGAGCAAUAUGCUAAAAUGUCAAAAAUUGGAAUUUGGGUUCAAUAUCCAACAAAUUAUGAUCCAAUUCCAAUUACACUUUUAAAUUGUGAUCGUCAUCAUUUAAUUGGAUUAAUUAAUCCACUAAUAGCUGGUGGUGAAAAUGCAUUAUUUGGUGAAAUUCCUCAUAUGGCAAUUUUAGCUUAUCGAGAAUCAAACGAUAAAAUAAAUUAUGCAUGCGCUGCUAGUUUAAUAUCUGAAAAAUGGAUAUUAACAUCAGCUCAUUGUUCAUAUAAAAUUUUCAUCAAAACAGCAAUUGUCUAUCUUGGAUCAAAUCGUCUAAUGGAUUCUAAUAACGCUCAAGUUAUUAAUGUUAAACGAUUAAUAAUACAUCCGGAAUUUAGACCACGUUACUCCUAUGCAGAUAUUGCAUUGAUUGAAUUAGAAGAGGAGGUUCAAUUUGGUUUGCAUUUGAAACCCGCGUGUCUUCAUGUUGAUGAUUCAGUGGAUGUAACAAAACUCUUGGCAAGUGGUUGGGGUACUUCUUAUUAUGGUGGUGAUCUCAAUGAAUAUUUAUUAAAAACACAACUUGAUGUGAUUGAGAAUAACUAUUGUUCGACAAUUUAUAAGAAUUCCACGAAUUUACCAUGGGGUAUUGAUGAUAGUUUUAUAUGCGCUGGUGAUUUAACUGGAAAUUGGAAGAAGGACACGUGCACCGGCGAUUCUGGAAGUCCAUUACAAAAUCGUCAUCCAAACAAUUGUCUUUACAAUAUUGUUGGUAUUACGAGCAGUGGAAAAUUUUGCGGUAUUGACAAAAUUCCAGGAAUUUAUACACGUGUUGCUGCUUAUGUUGAUUGGAUUGAAGAAAUUGUUUGGCCUGAUCAUGAAAUCAAUAAUAAGAAACCAUCACGAGGUCUCGAACGUAAGGCGCCGUUAAGAACGAAUUCCAAAUCAAACGCUCUACCAACUACGCCGCUGAAGUUUGUGCAAAUAACAUGAAAAAUUAAAUAUAUGAAAAAGAACUACGUAAAAAUGCUCUGUAACUUGAAGGAAAAGAAAACAAGUAUUACAGAAUUGUUGUGAUUCAAAUAAUAAUCUUUUAUGUUUUAUGAGCUUGCCGAACAACAAAUUUGGAAACAUACAUGUACGUCAUAUUUGCAUCAUAUUUGCAAAUAAAUACAAUUCCCUGACAGGAAUUAAGUUUUAUAUGUUAUAAUUAUACUUUAAUAUAUUAAUAUAAUAUAUUAAUUAUUUUUUACUGUAAUUUACUUUACUUUGUAGUUCAAAAUAAUAAAUUAUUGUUAGCGAUUU